AUGUUGAUAAGCCCGGAGCAGCAGGCCCUGAUUGGCCAGUUGUUCCAGGCCUAUGUGACGGAGCAUCACCGAGGGGACAUCCUACAAAUCAUCUCCGAUUCUUACGAAGAUGCCCAUCAACCUGUUGUGGUCAAUGCCAUGACACUGUUUGAAGCCAAUAUGGAGGUUGGGGACUAUUUCAACGCCUAUCCCAGUGAAGUCCUGGCUAUUUUUGAUGAAGCACUGAACUCGGCAGCACUGGAGUUGAGACGAGAGGCUUCGCAUGAGGAAAGUGGAAGAUCAAAAGGAGGGCAGAAGGGAAAAUGUACUCUUCAUGCCCGCAUCACAGGUCUACCAGUUUGUCCAGAGCUGACUAGAGACACCAUCCCAAGGUCCAGAGAUGUAGGACACUUCCUGUCUGUCACUGGCACUGUCAUUCGCACCAGUGUUGCCAAGGUUUUGGAGUACGAGCGGGAUUACAUGUGCUGCAAGUGUCGUCAUGUUUUUUCCAUUCAGGCUGACUUCGACCAGUUCUAUACCCUCGUCCCACCCAAGACCUGCCCUAAUGAAAAUGGCUGUAACUCCUACAAGUUCUCCUGUCUUUCUGUAGGAUCUGAGCCUGCUGUGUGCAGGGACAUCCAGGAGAUCAAGAUACAGGAGCAGGCACAAAGGCUGACAGUGGGCAGUAUUCCUCGCUCUAUUUUGGUCGUCCUAGAAGAUGACUUGGUAGACAGCUGCAAAUCUGGAGAUGAUGUGACGGUGUAUGGCGUGGUGCGCCAACGCUGGAAGCCCUUUUAUGAUGACACCCCCUGUGAUUUGGAACUGGUCCUCAAGGCUAACAACAUAGAGGUUAACAACCAGCAGGCUAUUGCUGCUCUACUGAUGGAGGACAUCCAAAAAGAAUUUAAUGACUUUUGGGAGAGCUACCAAAAUGACCCCAUAGCUGGCAGGAACCAGAUCUUGUUGAGCCUCUGCCCGCAGGUGUUCGGCAUGUAUGUGGUUAAAUUGGCAGUUGCGAUGGUGCUGGCAGGUGGUGUGCAGAGAACAGAUACAUCUGGAACCAAGGUCAGGGGUGAGUCUCACAUGUUACUGGUUGGGGAUCCAGGCACAGGGAAGUCUCAGUUCUUGAAGUAUGCAGCUAAGAUCACACCUCGCUCUGUGCUCACAGCUGGAAUCGGAUCCACAAAUGCAGGUCUGACAGUCGCGGCUGUGAGAGAUGGAGGUGAGUGGCAUCUCGAGGCAGGAGCUCUGGUGUUGUCAGAUUGUGGUCUGUGCUGCAUUGAUGAAUUUAACAGCAUCAAGGAGCACGACCGUACCAGCAUUCAUGAAGCUAUGGAGCAACAGACUAUCAGUGUAGCUAAAGCUGGCAUGGUGUGUAAGCUGAACACUCGCAGUACUAUUCUGGCUGCCACCAACCCUAAAGGCCAGUAUAAUCCCAACGAGCCGGUGUCUGUGAAUGUAGCCCUGGCCAGCCCAUUGCUCAGCCGUUUUGAUUUAGUUUUGGUUCUUCUGGACACCAAAAACUUUGAGUGGGACCGCAUCAUUUCCUCCUUCAUUCUGGAAGAGCAAGGAAUGCCCAGUGAGUCUUCCUCUCUAUGGUCCAUGGAAAAGAUGAAGGCUUACUUCUGUGUGAUCAAACAAUUGAAGCCACAGGUAUCUGAAGAGGCCAACACUAUUCUGGCCCGCUACUACCAGCUCCAGAGACAGAGCGACAGCCGCAGUGCAGCACGCACCACCAUUCGCAUGCUGGAGAGCCUCAGCAGAUUGGCUGAGGCCCAUGCCAGGCUGAUGUAUAGACAGACCGUGACCAUAGAGGAUGCAGUGGUGGCCGUCUCUGUCAUGGAGUGUUCGAUGCAGGGUGGUGCUCUGCUGGGAAACAUGAAUGCUUUACACACCUCAUUCCCGGCUGACCCUGGCCAGCAGUACCAAACCCAAUGUCAGCUAGUGCUGGAAGGACUGAACCUCCCCCACCUCCUAAACAAGGAGAUGGACAGACUUGCUAAGCUGAAAACGACUAUCCCAGGCUCUUGUCCCACAGUUGCAGAGACCCCCAAGUCCCAUCACACGGAAACUCACCUAAUGGACCGCAAUAACAUCAUCAUAGACCACCUGGCAGAUGAUGUUCCAAUGGAGAGCGGGCUGGACUGGAUUAACUCGCUGAACACCAAAUUUACUUCCCCAAACGCCAUUGCCUCCUCACCUAUUUCAUCAACACAGCAAAAGAACAAUAUACACCCAAAGACUAACUCGGUCUCAAAAUAUCCAAAAAUAGUCAUGGCAUCCAAACCACCCGACAGUCAACCUUUGGAGGAAACCCAAAUCAUACUGAAACACUCUAAUGAACUGUUGCCAGGCAACUCUGGUUCAGUCCUCCACCAUGGGAGUGCAUAUGUGCUGAAUAAUGCCUCUAGUAAAACAACCACCACUGCUUUACAAGCAGAGAGCAAAAACUGUGACAAAAAGCGACAAAAGCAGACCCGUGGACCACCAGAGGACAGACAGGAUUGUGAGAGAAAGAGGCAGAAUGAGAGAGAUGAAAUCGCACCAUCAGCAGAUGCAGAGGUAUUGGGUUCUGUGUGCCAGAAGGUUUCCAAGAAGCUGAGAGAAAAACGGCUGAGGGAGCUCGAGAUGAGUCAUCAGCAGCAGGACAAAGAGGGAGGAGGAAGAGGAGGCUCAGGAAUCAGUGUCCAAAAAGAUGUGAUAAGUGAUUUAGAGCAAUCGCUUUUCUCAGGUGCACUGUUAGACACCCAAGCUAGCAGCACACCUGGGGCAAGAAAAAAAAGCUCUUCAAUGGACAGUGUAGUUGAGGAUGAUUUCUCUCUUUUAGGGGAAGACAGAUUUCAGAAUACAGAUAAAGGGGAUGAGAUCAGGACUGCAACAAGUAUAAGUGUCAGUACUGAGAUGGGGAAGAGAGGUGGAACUGAAGUUGAAACAAAGAAAGACUUGCACACCAUGUUCACAGGCUUCAACUUCAAACCCAGGGAGAAGAUAAGAUCGAGCCACAGUCAUUUCCCUGAUACAAGCUCAAAUUUCAGCACAAAAUCCAAAGCUGACCCUGAACAUCUGAGCACAGAUAAACACACCAACAGCAAUAGAAAAGCCUUAAUGCACAAACAGAAAGCAGUCAGCCAUGACUCUGGCACCUCACUGAUAGGCCGGGGCAGGCCGGGAGAAGGUAAGAAAGGUAAGAAAGAGAAAAGUCAGCAGAGGCAAAACCAGAAUUCACCAGCAGAUGACAGCAGCGCAGUGACAAACAUUAGAACUCCCAGUGAUGAGAGAGUGCGUGAGUCUCGCGCUGAAAGCACACCUAAUGUAGCAGAAGGGGAGAAAGGAAUUGAUAAGGGCUUCCCCAAAGCCUAUAGCUGUAACUGUAGAUCCAAAACCUGCAACCACCAGUUUCAUAGAAAUCCAAAAACCAUUAACUAUGAUACGAAAAGGAAGUGCUUUGAGCUGGGUCUUCCAACCAGCAGUGACAGCCUCGGUUGCAAGGCCCCACUUUCUGGACUGUCUCUAUUUAGUUGUGAAGACUUCAGUGACGAUGAUCUCAAUGUUGACUGGGACCAAGAGGCUGGGAAGAGAACCAAAGUGUAA